AUGUCGCUAAAAGGUGGUGAUGUCGCGCAGCACAACAGCGCCGACUCGUGCUGGGUCAUUGUCCAUGGCAAAGCCUACGACGUGACCGACUUCCUACCCGGUUCGCCCUACCCACCCGCCUCCAAUGCCGAGGAACAAGCAUCUAACCAUGGCCUUUGCACAGAACACCCCGGCGGCUCGAAAAUCAUUCUCAAAUACGCAGGCAAAGAUGCGACGGAAGAGUUCGAGCCCAUCCAUCCCCCCGACACCCUCGACAAGUACCUCGACCCUUCCAAGCACCUCGGCCCGGUCGACAUGAGCACCGUCGAAAAGGCAGCUGACAAGGCCGAUGACCCCGAGGAGGUCGAGCGCAAGGAGCGCGAGAGCCUCAAGCCGCUGCUGUCGCAGUGCUACAACCUGCUCGACUUUGAGGCCGUCGCCCGCCGGGUAAUGAAGAAGACAGCCUGGGGGUACUACUCGAGCGCCGCCGACGAUGAGAUUACACUCCGGGAAAACCACAGCGCCUUCCACCGCAUCUGGUUCCGCCCCCGCGUCCUCGUCGACGUCGAGCACGUCGACCUUUCCACCACCAUGCUCGGCGCCAAGACCUCCGUGCCCUUCUACGUCACCGCCACCGCCCUCGGCAAGCUCGGCCACCCGGAGGGCGAGGUCGUCCUGACGCGGGCCUCCAAGACGCACGACGUGAUCCAGAUGAUCCCCACGCUCGCCUCGUGCUCCUUUGACGAGAUCGUCGACGCGCGGCGCGGCGACCAGGUGCAGUGGCUGCAGCUCUACGUCAACAAGGACCGCGCGGUCACCAAGAAGAUCGUGCAGCACGCCGAGGCGCGCGGCUGCCGCGGCCUGUUCGUGACGGUGGACGCGCCGCUGCUGGGCCGCCGCGAGAAGGACAUGCGCAGCAAGUUCGAGGAGCAGGGGUCGAACGUGCAGGCGGGCACCGCGACGGACACGAGCCAGGGCGCCGCGCGCGCCAUCUCCUCCUUCAUCGACCCCUCGCUCAGCUGGGCCGACAUCCCCUGGCUGCAGGGCAUCACCCGCAUGCCCGUCGUGCUCAAGGGCGUGCAGCGCGUCGAGGACGUGCUCCGCGCCGCGCGCCUCGGCGUCGCCGGCGUCGUCCUGUCCAACCACGGCGGCCGCCAGCUCGACUUCGCCCCCUCCGGCGUCGAGGUCCUCGCCGAGACCAUGCCGGCGCUGCGCCGCGAGGGCCUGCUCGACCGCGGCUUCGAGGUCUACGUGGACGGCGGCGUGCGGCGCGCGGGCGACAUCCUCAAGUGCCUGUGCCUCGGCGCCGCGGGCGUCGGCAUCGGCCGCCCGUUCCUGUACGCCAUGGGCGCGUACGGCCAGGAGGGCGUGGAGCGCGCCAUGGCGCUGCUCAAGGACGAGCUGGCGAUGAACAUGCGCCUGCUCGGCGCCGCGUCCGUCGCGGACCUCGAUCCCAGCAUGGUCGACGCGCGGUCCCUCGCGGUCCACACCGCCACGCCGCUGGACAAUCUCUCGAGGUCCGUCUACGAUCCGCUCAUCUCGCCCCCGCAGCGACCAAAGUCCAAGAUAUAA